AUGGAUGCAGCAGCUGGAAUUAGUAACGCCGGCAAGAAAUUGCAGAUGCUACUAUUUGCGGACAACAUAGCCCCUGUCGCAGAAGGCCCUCAAUCGUUGCAGAAUCUGCUGAAUGAGCUCACAGCGAGGACAAAGACAAUCGGGCGCACAGUUAAAAUCAGUAAAGCCAGCUGGAUGAAUAACGCCUACGGCCCUCGGUUUGCGAUGAACCUGGAUAAAGACUCUGUCGAACUUGUGGGCAGCUAUACCUGCUUGGGACAAGUAGUGCAGAUGAACAACGACUUGGGCACAGAAACUGCGAGAAAAAUAAGAACAGGGUGGAUAACGUUUGCCAAGUUUCGCGAAAUAUUCUGCGACAAGAAGAUUACUUCAUCUGCAAAAUCAGCAGUUUAUAAUUCGACCGUCCUACCAGCCAUGUUAUAUGGGUGUGAGUCGUGA